AUUUCAAGACCGUGAGAGGUAGAUGGCCAACCAGAGUUCUAGGGUUCGAAAGCUGUAACUGUUGCUGCUGCUUAAGCCUGCCAAAGCACUGGUACGGCUGCUGCCCUCGUGCUCCUACCUCUAGAAACAUUAUUGCCAGUAGUGGCGGCUGCAGGAUUCAAUCACCCCCUUCUUGCACUCGCUCUAGAAGCUCCAGAUGGCGUCUUCCGUGGGCAACGUGGCCGACAGCACAGGGUUAGCUGAGUUGGCACAUCGUGAAUAUCAGGCAGGAGAUUUUGAGGCAGCUGAGAGACACUGCAUGCAGCUCUGGAGACAAGAGCCAGACAAUACUGGUGUGCUUUUAUUACUUUCAUCUAUACACUUCCAGUGUCGAAGGCUGGACAGAUCUGCCCACUUUAGUACUCUGGCAAUUAAACAGAACCCCCUUCUGGCAGAAGCCUAUUCAAAUUUGGGGAAUGUGUACAAGGAAAGAGGGCAGUUGCAGGAAGCAAUUGAGCAUUACCGGCAUGCAUUGCGUCUCAAACCAGAUUUCAUCGAUGGUUAUAUUAACCUGGCAGCUGCUUUGGUAGCAGCAGGCGACAUGGAAGGGGCAGUACAAGCUUACGUCUCUGCUCUUCAGUACAAUCCUGAUUUGUACUGUGUUCGCAGUGACCUGGGGAACCUGCUCAAAGCCCUGGGUCGCUUGGAAGAAGCCAAGGCAUGUUAUUUGAAAGCAAUUGAGACGCAACCCAACUUUGCAGUAGCUUGGAGUAAUCUUGGCUGUGUUUUUAAUGCACAAGGGGAGAUUUGGCUUGCAAUUCAUCACUUUGAAAAGGCUGUCACCCUUGACCCCAAUUUUCUGGAUGCUUAUAUCAAUUUAGGAAAUGUCUUGAAAGAGGCACGGAUUUUUGACAGAGCUGUGGCAGCUUACCUUCGUGCCCUAAGCUUGAGUCCAAAUCAUGCAGUGGUACAUGGCAACCUGGCUUGUGUAUACUAUGAGCAAGGCCUGAUAGAUCUAGCAAUAGACACCUACAGGCGAGCUAUUGAACUGCAACCGCAUUUCCCUGAUGCUUACUGCAACCUAGCCAAUGCUCUCAAAGAGAAGGGCAGUGUUGCUGAAGCAGAAGAUUGUUAUAAUACAGCUCUCCGACUGUGUCCCACCCAUGCAGACUCUCUGAACAACCUAGCCAAUAUCAAACGGGAACAGGGAAACAUUGAAGAGGCAGUUCGCUUGUAUCGUAAAGCAUUAGAAGUCUUCCCAGAGUUUGCUGCUGCCCAUUCAAAUUUAGCAAGUGUAUUACAGCAGCAGGGAAAACUGCAGGAAGCUCUGAUGCAUUAUAAGGAGGCGAUUCGAAUCAGUCCUACCUUUGCUGAUGCUUACUCUAAUAUGGGAAACACUCUAAAGGAGAUGCAGGAUGUUCAGGGAGCCUUGCAGUGUUACACUCGUGCCAUUCAGAUUAACCCUGCAUUUGCAGAUGCCCACAGUAAUCUGGCUUCCAUUCACAAGGAUUCAGGGAAUAUUCCAGAAGCAAUUGCUUCUUAUCGCACUGCUCUGAAGCUUAAACCUGAUUUUCCUGACGCUUACUGUAAUUUGGCUCAUUGCCUGCAGAUUGUCUGUGACUGGACAGACUAUGAUGAGCGAAUGAAGAAGUUGGUUAGCAUUGUGGCUGACCAGUUGGAGAAGAAUAGGUUGCCUUCUGUGCAUCCUCAUCAUAGUAUGCUAUAUCCUCUUUCUCAUGGCUUCAGGAAAGCUAUUGCUGAGAGGCAUGGAAACCUCUGCUUGGAUAAGAUUAAUGUACUUCAUAAACCACCAUAUGAGCAUCCAAAAGACUUGAAGCUCAGUGAUGGUCGACUGCGUGUAGGAUACGUGAGUUCUGACUUUGGGAAUCAUCCUACUUCUCAUCUUAUGCAGUCUAUUCCAGGCAUGCACAAUCCUGAUAAAUUUGAGGUAUUCUGUUAUGCCUUGAGCCCAGAUGACGGCACAAACUUCCGAGUGAAGGUGAUGGCAGAAGCCAAUCAUUUCAUUGAUCUUUCUCAGAUUCCAUGCAAUGGAAAAGCAGCUGAUCGCAUCCAUCAAGAUGGUAUACACAUCCUUGUAAAUAUGAAUGGUUAUACCAAGGGUGCUCGAAAUGAACUCUUUGCUCUCAGGCCAGCUCCUAUUCAGGCAAUGUGGCUGGGGUAUCCUGGGACUAGUGGCGCACUUUUCAUGGAUUAUAUCAUCACUGAUCAGGAAACUUCACCUGCUGAAGUUGCUGAGCAAUAUUCUGAGAAGCUGGCUUAUAUGCCUCAUACUUUCUUUAUUGGUGAUCAUGCUAAUAUGUUCCCUCACCUGAAGAAAAAAGCAGUUAUCGAUUUUAAAUCCAAUGGGCACAUUUAUGACAAUCGGAUUGUGCUGAAUGGCAUCGACCUCAAAGCAUUUCUUGAUAGUCUACCAGAUGUGAAAAUUGUCAAGAUGAAAUGUCCUGAUGGAGGAGACAAUGCGGACAGCAGUAAUACAGCUCUUAAUAUGCCUGUCAUUCCUAUGAAUACUAUUGCAGAAGCAGUAAUUGAAAUGAUUAACAGAGGACAAAUUCAGAUAACAAUUAAUGGAUUCAGUAUUAGCAAUGGGCUGGCAACUACCCAGAUCAACAAUAAGGCUGCCACUGGAGAAGAGGUUCCUCGUACCAUUAUUGUAACCACACGGUCUCAGUAUGGGCUACCAGAAGAUGCCAUUGUGUACUGUAACUUUAAUCAGUUAUAUAAAAUUGACCCUUCCACUUUGCAGAUGUGGGCAAAUAUUCUGAAGCGUGUUCCCAAUAGUGUACUGUGGCUGUUACGUUUUCCAGCAGUAGGAGAACCUAAUAUUCAACAGUAUGCACAAAAUAUGGGACUUCCUCAGAACCGUAUCAUUUUUUCACCUGUUGCUCCUAAAGAGGAACAUGUCCGGAGAGGCCAGCUGGCUGAUGUCUGUCUAGACACUCCCCUUUGUAAUGGACACACCACAGGGAUGGAUGUUCUCUGGGCAGGGACACCGAUGGUGACUAUGCCAGGAGAGACUCUUGCUUCUCGAGUUGCAGCUUCCCAGCUCACUUGUUUAGGUUGUCUUGAACUUAUUGCUAAAAAUAGACAAGAAUAUGAAGACAUAGCUGUGAAGCUGGGGACUGAUCUAGAAUACCUGAAGAAAAUUCGUGGCAAAGUCUGGAAGCAGAGAAUAUCUAGCCCCCUGUUCAACACCAAACAAUACACAAUGGAACUAGAGAGGCUGUAUCUACAGAUGUGGGAGCAUUAUGCAGCUGGCAACAAACCUGAUCACAUGAUUAAGCCUGUUGAAGUCACUGAAUCUGCCUAAAUAAAGACACCAUGUACACAGGAGAAUUACCCCUAUACCUGAGCCUCAACCUUCUGGUGAAAGGGAACUAGAUAUGUACUUUUUACUUAUCUGUAUGGUAUCAUCAUGUUGCAGAUGGGUGACAAAUAAUGAUAAUACAAUAGCACAGCCAGACUUGCUUCCUGCAUGAUAGGGAGAGACGCAGGAGAUGGGAAACUGCUAUUCCACAAGGAGUCUCCAUAGGAUUUUGCAGCAACCAGGUGGUGCAUAGGUCUGGAAGGUCUGAUCUCCCUUGGUCUUCCAUGGGAUGGAUAGUGUGGAGGGGAGAGAGAGAUUGUCCAGCCGUUUUGUGAUUCCAUGGAUUGAUGAGUCUUCUGAAUUAAUUUUUUUCUUUAUAUUUUGGGUAUUGGAGCUUUUAAAAAUGUUUGGUUUCAGGUAUUUUUAUUCAUGUGAAGUGUAUAUGAUUCUCUUGAGAUAAGGUUUUAAGCUAAAAUUUUCCUUGUUUUAGUUUCUGAACUCUACGGAUUAAUGGGAACUUUGCUGGUGUAGUCUUUUUAUAGGUUUUAUAAACCACUUGAGCCUAUAUCAGUCGUUUUAGUGUCUGACAUAAUGUCUGGAGCUAUCAGUGCUUUCUUGGUUUAGAUGAUGAUGAUGACAACGAUGACGAUGAUGAUGAUGACUUAAUAUUUUUCCUGGUCUGUUUCCUAGUUCCUUCUUCCCCUCCCCUGACUUUAAAAUUUUUCCUGUAACUUGGCUAACAAAACCAAGUCUGAUUCAGAACCUCCCAGAGUGUUUCUCUUAAACAUAUCAUCUGGUGCCAAAUGAAAAUUCUUAGGAGUGAUUAUUAAUUAUGAAGGGCACAGUUGUGGUACUGUCAUUGAUGAUAAUAAUAUAGGUUUUCUUGGCCUAGA